GGCCGUGGUUACUUCGAGGAAUUGAUCGGCCUCUUGGAAGCAGCUCUGGGUCUGGAACGGGCCCACAUGGGGAUGUUCACCGAGCUUGCUAUUUUAUAUUCCAAAUACAAGCCCCAGAAGAUGAGAGAACACCUGGAGCUCUUCUGGUCCAGAGUCAACAUCCCAAAGGUCCUCCGAGCUGCAGAACACGCCCACCUCUGGGGAGAGCUUGUCUUCCUCUAUGAUAAAUACGAAGAAUAUGACAAUGCAAUAAUCACCAUGAUGAACCAUCCGACGGAUGCUUGGAAGGAAGGACAGUUCAAGGACAUCAUUGCCAAGGUCGCCAACGUCGAGUUGUAUUACCGAGCCCUGCAAUUUUAUUUGGAUUACAAACCCUUGCUGAUCAACGAUCUCCUCCUCGUAUUAUCCCCACGGCUGGAUCACACCAGGACAGUCAGCUUUUUCUCCAAG